AUGUAUGAUGGUUAUUCAUUGAGUCGGCAGCUGAAUAUGGACUUGGGGCAAAUAUUGUCGUUGCCAGAUCAAGGGCAGCUUUCGCACUCGCAGAACUCACAGAGCUCUCAGAGCUCUCAGGGUGUACAGCACUCACGACUUUCACAGCACUCGCAGCCCGAUCAUUUCUCGGCGAAUCAGCACAACAGCACAGACAAUUCCUCAGUUGUUAUAAAGUACAUUCCACAAGACAAGCAGUUCACCCGUAAGGACUUGGACAUAGAUGAAGAUCGAAAUGAGGAUCUCAACAUGAACUACGAUUUUUUGGAGGUUCCUCCAAGGCACGUCUUGACGGGUAACACUGCAUUGGAUGGAUUCUCAUCCUCUGGGUCGUCACAAUCGUCUUCAACUGUGAUACGUCCCGAUACAACAGACUCAAAAUUUAAUGAUACACUAAAGAGAAUUCCAUUGAGAACGUUAGAGACUGAUAGGGAGUUCACAGACAGAAUCAGAGUGUCCAUAGUGAAAUCACGGCUGAAUGCGAAGUCGAAUUCAAAAUCAGAUUCGAAUUCAAAUACACAUGAACAGUUCCAUAUGCCUCCUUCCCCUUCUCCGUUACCUUCUCCAACGGAUUCUGAAAUAAAUGAUGACAAGCUUAAUGACUAUAUAGACGGUAUUUUACCAUCAUCUCCCGCUUCUCCCCCCAGAGAAUUGGAUCCAAGCAAGAUGUAUGCGUUAUAUGAUUUCAACGGUCCUGAUCCUUCUCACAUAGAACUUCUUAAGGAUGAUUCUGUUGAACUAUUGAAUGAUUCUGAUAGCUAUUGGUGGUUGGUCAGACGAUUGAACAAUGGUAAGGUAGGUUUUGCUCCGGCCGAGAUUCUUGAGACUUAUGGGGAAAGAUUGGCUCGUUUGAACUGUUGGAAGAAUGAAAUCUUAGAGAAAGGUAAGGGAAAAGCUAAUCUUUCUCGAGAUGAUUUGAAAUUGUUUGAAUUUAAUCCCUCCUUCACCAAACACAGGAGCUUGGAUGAUCUUCAUGUUAGUGAUACUAGUGAUAAUACUGGUGACAGCAGUCGGCAAUCAUUAAAUAUUGAUCCCCCAAACACAUCUGUCUCUUCAUCGAUAGAAAGUCAUGGAGGACGGGUGGUAAGCUCUAGUUCUUCACAAUUAGCAAGAAAGAGCUCAUUGAAACGAGCGAAGAGUAUAGUGAAGAAAAGCGUUACCUUCGCCGGCUCCCUGCCAAAUCUACCCGAGGAAGACACCGAGGAAAAGCAAUCCGUCUCUUCGUCUCCUCAAAAGGAAACGAUGGCACCUCUCGUGGUGCCUAAACGUGCCUGUAAGACGAAUUUCCUCAUCAAGGACCUGGAUGUGUAUAAUCAGAAGUACCAGGAGAUUCACAGUAUCAUUGAUCCACCUCCUUCACCUCCAUUUGCUUCAAGUGCAGGAUCCAUUGGUUCAUAUUCUCCAUCUACCAAUUCGGAUUAUGACAGUGAGCAGGAUACAUGGACACCAGAAUUGAAGCCAAAAACAAAGGUCAAAUCAAAGUCAUCGUCAAGUAUAGAAAUAGGUAUGAAGAUACGGUCAUUCAGUGAAAAUAGGGCCGAUUUUUUGCAGAAAAAGACAAGACCUCUCCAGCAAAAUGCUGAGCUAGAUAAGAAUAGGACACAUAGUGACAGAACAGAAAAGUCGGACGUUCCUCUUUCCAAGAGUCUUCAGCUGCUCGAUGACCUCAUUAAGAACAGUCCCGAGUUCAACAGCAGCCGCGAAGUUAAAGGAUCUCACUUUUUAGAUGCAGCCCCUGCAACUAAUCAAAUGAAGGUGGAUGAUCAGACUAUUCAGAAGGAUCAGUCUAUAGCAUCGACAAUAUCAUCCGCAGCAUCUUCUACAAUGUUUGCACAAUUUCAGCAGCUCGGUGAUCACAACACUCUAUCGUCAUUGACUACAGCUGAUUCAUUUGUUGGAUUUACAUCAUCCCCACAUACAAGUUCUUCUGUUUUAAGGACGCCAACAGCGGACACCGGUACAGAAACUAAUACAGAAGCUGGUACGGAGACUGACGAUGGCUCCCAAAGCUCAGGUUCUACCAUCGUUACAGAAAAAUUGCAUCCAGUUACUACAGAAAUUUUUCAUCCUCUAAUGGACCAUCUUGAAGAGCUGGAAAAGAUGUUAAGUGAUAUGUCUAUAAACAGUGCAUUCUAG